AUGGAGAAGCACGAUUUGAACUUCACACAAACAGAUGACGUGGCAGUAAAAACCGUUACAGCUAAAACCGUUACAUCCGAAAAUUCCGCCGCGAAUUCCGGAAACGUCCGUGGCGGAACGCGGCAUCCAGUUUAUCAUGGCGUCCGGAAACGGCGGUGGGGGAAAUGGGUGUCGGAAAUUCGAGAGCCGCGGAAGAAGUCGCGGAUAUGGUUAGGCUCUUUUCCGGCGCCGGAGAUGGCGGCCAAGGCUUACGACGUUGCUGCGUACUGUUUGAAAGGGCGUAAGGCGCAGCUUAAUUUUCCCGAUGAAGUGCACCGUCUUCCGUUGCUUCCUCCGCCGGAUUUGUGUACGGCUAGGGAUAUUCAGGCAGCGGCGGCUAAAGCAGCUCGCAUGAUGGUUACAAAAGCGGAGAAUGGGAGCAUUGAUUCCGGUGGUGGUGGUGGUGGUGAUGAUUUUUGGGGGGAGAUUGAGUUGCCGGAGCUUGUGAACGGAUCGUGGUGGACUUACUCUGUUAAUGUUGCGGCAGCGCCGGAGAUUGAACUUCCGUAG